AUGGCUGAAGAUCCUCAUAACUUCAAGUUUAGUCAAUGUUUUGGUGAUAAAGCUGAUAUCGUCAUUACAGAAGCUGAUAUCAUAUCAACUGUGGAAUUUGAUCAUACUGGUGAUUAUUUAGCAACUGGUGAUCGUGGUGGUCGAGUUGUAUUAUUUGAAAGAAAUAGUGAUAAACAAAAUAGUUGUGAAUAUAGAUUUCAUACAGAAUUUCAAAGUCAUGAUGCAGAAUUUGAUUAUUUGAAAAGUUUAGAAAUUGAAGAAAAAAUUAAUAAAAUUAAAUGGUGUAAACGUACAAAUCAAGCUCAUUUCCUUUUAUCAACUAAUGACAAGACUAUAAAAUUAUGGAAAAUUUAUGAUAAACAAAUUAAAAUGGUUGCAGAAAAUAAUUUAAGUGAAUUUCAAUAUAAAAAUUCACAAAUUUCUUCAAAAUUAUCCCUUAAUUCAUUACAUUUACCAAGAUUAACAUUACAUGAUAAAAUAGUUGCAGCAUCACCAAAAAGAAUUUAUUCAAAUGCUCAUGCUUAUCAUAUCAAUGCAAUUUCAAUAAAUUCAGAUGCAGAAACUUUUAUGAGUACAGAUGAUUUAAGAAUUAAUUUAUGGAAUUUAAAUAUUCCAGAUCAAAGUUUUAAUAUAGUUGAUAUUAAACCUGCAAAUAUGGAAGAAUUAACUGAAGUUAUAACAAGUGCUGAAUUCCAUCCACAAAGUUGUAAUUUAUUUAUGUAUUCUUCAUCAAAAGGUGCAAUAAAAUUAGCAGAUAUGAGAGAAAAUGCUCUAUGUGAUUCUCAUGCAAAAGUUUUUGAAGAAUAUGUUGAUCCAUCAAAUCAUAAUUUCUUUACAGAAAUUACUUCAAGUAUAUCAGAUGUUAAAUUUAGUGCAGAUGGUCGUUAUAUUGCAAGUCGAGAUUAUAUGACUGUUAAAAUAUGGGAUGUUGCAAUGGAAAAAGAACCGGUUAAAACUAUAAAUAUUCAUGAACAAUUAAGAGAUAAAUUAUGUGAUACUUAUGAAAAUGAUGCUAUAUUUGAUAAAUUUGAAUGUACAUUUAGUGGUGAUGGUAAAUCAGUUAUGACUGGAUCUUAUAAUAGUAAUUUUAUGAUUUAUCCAGAUGUUACAAAUCCUAAUAAUAAUCAAGGUGAUGAAAUUAUUUUACAAGCUGAUAGAUCUGCUUUCAGAUCUAAAAAGCAACAACAACAUCAAUUAAAUAAAAGAAAAAAUGGUAUACCAACAAUGUUGAAAAGAGAUUUAGAAUUAGAUAAUAUUGAUUUUAAAAAAAGUAUAUUACAUUUAUCAUGGCAUCCAUUUGAAAAUUCUGUUGCAAUUGCUGCAACAAAUAAUUUAUAUAUUUUUUCAACUUUAUGA